CGCAUUUUUCCCAGUGUGGAUCCGUCUCUGUCUUCAAGCUGAGAGGGGCCAUGAUCUUCUGCUCAACAUGGAGGUCUCUAGUAAGCCAGACUUGCUAUCGUCCAGUGCUAUCUCUCUUUCUAGCCUCCCAAGCUCGAGGUGCUGCCCACGAUAAGCCAUGGCAUCUGGCUCAGAGCAAGACCAGGUGAAGAGGCCGAGGAGACCACGAGUUGCCCAGGCCUGCGAGAGAUGUCGACAGAAGAAGUACAAGUGCGACGAGCACUACCCGUGUACUCACUGCAAGAAUCAUAAGGCAGAAUGUACCUACAAAGCGCUGAAUAUGUCAAGAGCGGAGAAUCUUACUAUAAGCCACGUGCGAUUCUUGGAGAAAAAGAUUGAGCAGCUUUCCGCCGAAGUCGUGGCCUCGCGAAGGCAAGCUAUGGCGGUGGCCCAUGCCGCAGAGAGUAGCAAUGCAAAUGGUCCUGCUUUUUCAAACUUUGCAAAUGGAGAACAGAGAUCAUGCUCGAGUGGUCAUGCUAUUCAAGGAUCUCAGAUACCGAUCAGCAACGAUAACAGCGCUUCAGCGGGGACGCUCAACUCUGCGCAUGGUCUAAGCGGUACAAACAAGCGGCCACCAUCGUUGACACCGAGCUCUUUACCCGAAAGUCUAGCAGAAUCAAGCACUGUGAUAGAGAAGGGAUCAUCGACUUUAGAUGAGGCUGAGCAGUGCCUGACUGAAGACAGUGAUAAGGAAGUCACCGGGAUGAACAACCACACUCUCUCCUCAGAGUUCCAUGGAAACACCUCAUCGGUUGCAUUUCUGGAUUAUCUUCAUAAGAAAUUUCAAAAUUCAGACCGCUCAGAUUCGAGGGGUGAUUUCGAGUCGUCUCUUGUAUCUGCGCUUCAUAAUGACGCAUUUCUUCGCGAUAUGACUCGUUCCUCGGCUCUGCAUUCGACAACCGCUCGGCUAGAAAGCGUUCAGUAUUAUUUCCGUCAGGCGCAUCAGUUUCUCAAAGGAUACUUUGAGCAGCUGCACUAUAUCCAUCCUUUUCUUGACAAAAAUUCCUUCAUGGCGCGUGCGGAGGAUCUGUGGUUCGGAAGAACAUCUGCCGUAUCCGAGAGUUUUAUCGCUCUAUAUCUCAGUACUCUGUCUCUAGGGGCGUUGAUUGGAUCCUGGGACUCUCUAGAAAUUGAAGACAAAGAUAGAUUUCAGUGGAGUCGUCAGCUUUUCAAUGAUGCUCAGACCAUUCUCCGCGAUCUUCAGUACUCUCAUGAUUUGGAAACCGUCCAAUGCUCGAUAAUAAUGGCCAAGGUGUGUCAGAACGAGCUGAAUCCGCACCUCGCCUACAUGUAUCUUGGACAGGCCUGCCGGAUUUGUCUUUCUCUUGGAUUCAACCGUGAGAUGUCGACAAAGAGUAACCCGGAACAGGCGGAUUCGAUAUCGAAAACUUGGUGGGGACUAUACUCUCUGGAAAUAGAGAUGAGUUUCUCGCUGGGACGGCCAGAUACGUUAGGCAUGGACGAAUACCAUAACCAGAUCAUGCCUCCUAUAAACAAUACCGAGACUGAUUUAAUUCCGCUGAUGGUGGAUUGCGCCAAGAUCAUGCGGAAAGUGUCUAUUGGCGUUUACCAUUCCAAUGCCAGCGUGCGGGAUAAGCUUGAUUGUGCACUGCAGCUGAAUGCAGAAUUGACAGCAUGGGCAAUGCGCUUGCCUCUGAGGCUUAAACCUGCUAACCUUCCGGGGGAUACACUUGCUGAGAGUUUGCGCGAUCCUAGAUGGAUUAAAAGGCAGAGAUUAGUUUUGCAGAUCAGAUUCUAUAAUAUCCAGAUGCUCCUGUUUAGGCCGUUCCUUGUCUGUGUUCCUAGCGACUUGACUAAGCUGCCCAGUAUUCUGGAAGAAGCUAUUCAAAAAUGCGUGGAGUCUGCACGGGCAACUAUCGAUAUAAUAUACGAUAUAUAUCGUACACAUACGUUCUUCCAGACAUGGUGGUACAACACGACAUAUGUCAUGUUUGCGGUUACGAUGCUGCUUCUACAUAUCAAGAAAUUUCCAAGCUCUCCCCAUAAAAGACAAUACCUAAUCUCGCUGGAAAAAUGUGUUCAGAUUCUUAAUGCCAUGGAUGCAUCAGUUGUCGCGAGAAGGUUGAGCGAGAUAGUUACGACGAAUCUGGAGGCUCUAAAAGGUGUCGAUACGCCGGGAGAUAACAACGUGGCUCUUUUGGCUGAUGCAGAUCCCUAUAUGGAGCUUAACCGUGAAGUGGACUUUAGUUCGGUGAUGUUGAACGACAGCCUGUUUGAUGGUCUGCCUGACCUUCUUUAUGAGGAAUGGGCAUCAAAUAUCAGUCUGUCUGCUCCACCAGGGCCAAGAGCAUGAGCAUUUGAUAGUUUGGCUAGAGAUUACGACUCGAUAAUAG